AUGGCGACUGAAAGUUUAGUCCCCUUGGAAUCUAAUCCUGAUGUGAUGAAUAAAUUUCUACAAAAACUUGGAGUGCCAAGCAAGUGGGGUGUCGUAGAUGUGAUGGGUUUGGAAUCGGAUAUGCUCUCUUGGGUUCCCAGACCGGUACUCGCCCUUACACUCCUCUUUCCGAUUUCCCAAUCCUACGAGCAACACAAAGAAAAAGAGGAAAGUGAAAUUCUGGCUAAGGGCCAAGAAGUCUCGAGCAAUCUUUUUUACAUGAAACAGAACAUUAGCAAUGCUUGUGGGACAGUAGCCCUUGUUCAUGCGAUUGCAAAUAAUUUAGAUGAAAUUGAAUUGAAUGAUGGUUGUUUGAAAACAUUUUUGGAAGAAGCUAAGAACUUGGAUGCCGCUGCAAGAGGAAAACUUUUGGAAAAGUGUGAGGGCAUUAUUAAAGCUCACACUGAGCUGGCUCAGGAGGGGCAGACUAAUAUGCCCAAUGCCGAAGAUCCCAUCAAUCAUCAUUUCAUUACUUUCGUACACAAAGAUGGCUCUCUCUAUGAAUUGGAUGGCCGUAAAGCUUUUCCAAUAAAUCAUGGCCCAUGUACACCGGACUAUCUACUGGAAGAUGCUGCUAAAGUCUGCAAGGAGUUCAUGGCCCGUGACCCUCAGGAGGUUCGUUUCACAGUCAUCGCUUUCACUAUUGCAGAUGUUUAA